CAUCGUCAGUCCCCUUCUCUCAGCCUUGCCUUCCUCCUCUGCUUUGUUUCUCUGCCUGUGAGAGGGCACACCCACAGAUGGCGUCAAGCUUGCUUCUUGUUCUUCUUCUCUCUCUAACCUCCUCCUUCUCUGUCUUCUCCGAGGAGCUUGACUCUCUUCCUCCCUCUUAUCCUCAUCCUCACCCUCCCUCUCCGGCACCCGCCCCCGCCCCCCACGGCCACCACCACCACCACCACCACCACCCUCCCACUCCUACCCCUGCUCACCCCCAUUACCCUCCUCCUCCUUCUCCGGCUCCGGUCAAGCCCCCCACCAACCAUUACCCUCCUACUCCGGCUCCGAUCAAGCCCCCAACACACCAUUACCCUCCUACCCCGGCUCCGAUGAAGCCUCCCACCCACCAUUACCCUCCUACUCCGGCUCCGGUUAAGCCUCCCACCCACUAUUACCCUCCUACUCCGGCUCCGAUGAAACCUCCCACUCACCAUUACCCUCCUACUCCGGCUCCGAUGAAACCUCCCACUCACCAUUACCCUCCUACUCCGACUCCGAUGAAACCUCCCACUCACCAUUACCCUCCUACUCCGGCCCCGGCUCCGGUGAAACCCCCCACUCACCAUUACCCUCCUACCCCUGCUCCUCAUGUUCCUCCUCAUCAUCCCUUCCCCAGAAGCUUUGUCGCUGUCCAGGGUGUUGUUUACUGUAAGUCCUGCAAGUAUGCUGGUGUUGACACUCUCCUCGGAGCCACUCCUGCUCUCGGAGCCGUUGUGAAGCUGCAGUGCAACAACAGCAGGUACCCUCUGUCGGAAACGGCGAAGAGCGACAAGAAUGGCUACUACUACCUGGAGGCUCCGAAGACCAUCACCACCUUCGGAGUUCACACGUGUAAGGUGUUCCUGGUCUCUUCGCCGUCUGCCACGUGUCAGAAGCCGUCCAACCUCCACGGAGGCAUUGUCGGCGCAGCCCUCAAACCAGAGAAGCCCUUCGUGUCCAACAAGCUUCCUUUCGUUCUCUACACUGUUGCGCCUCUGGCUUUCGAGCCCAAAUGCCCGCGUUAAGAAGAUGCACAGAGAAUAUAAAUUAAUAUAAUUUAAUUUCUGGAUGUGAAGAUGAACUACUGUAAUAGCUGUUGUACGUUGCCUUUUUUUUGGGGUUCAUCGUUGGUGUUUUUGUUUUCUCCCACUUUCUAGUGUUCUGUGAGAAUAGAUUUGCGUCUGAUUAUGCCCCUGAAGUUGUGUAAUGGUGUAGCUUCUGUGCCUAUGCUUGAGUCACACAAUAAGAUUUAUGAUAUAAUGGAUUGUGCUCUUGCAUAUUUUA